UAGGAGUCUCAAGCUUUUCUACAAGGCGACUGAGAGAGCGAUGGCGUACGACGAGGAAGAGUUGUGCAAGAUCCUCACUGUCUGUAAUAUCAUGGAUGAUAAAUUGAGUCCGUCGGAGAUGGGGAACUUAAUUUCUUUGAUUGAAGACUUUGAUAAGCACAGAAUCAGCCACAGCGAAUUCAGUGAGUCUUUUAAACUUUUGUUUGAGGAUACCGAACUUGAAGAAGAUGGGAAGAAGACAAGGUUCUUGCAAUCGAACACACGUGAGAAGUCUCUGAAGAAUACGAGAAUGUCUAAGAGGUUAGAACAAGUGACACCAAGCUAUAUGAUUAUACCCGAGGAAGCACGGUGUCCGGUCCAAGACACGGUACUGAACAACAAGUGUCGUCUCAAGAGGCUUGAUAACGGUUCGGGACAUAAUAAACUAUCUAAAUACCAAGAAGCAAUGGCGACUUGCGAGGACGAGAUGUUCGAGACAGAUAUGGUGAUGGGAGCUCUGAGGAGUGCAAUUGAUACUGCAGAGAAAGUCAUGAGGGAAGAGAUGAGACUGGAAGAUGUUGGAGUAAAGUUCUACAGAUGCAUCGACCAGUUAUAUGGUGGCCUCGAUAUGUCUGACAUUGUGAGAGAAGAGCACAAGAAGGCUUUACCUCUGAUCUCAGGUCGGUUGAAGCAGAAACUGGAUGAGCUCACUUCUAAGACGGAAAAGUGGGAAUGUGGCUGGAAGAAGAUCUUUCAAGACAACACUACAAAGCAAAUCAAGUUUGACAGCAAAAAGCCAAAG